AUGCUGCCCAUCGUUGUAAUUGGUGGAGGCCCAGUUGGACUUGUUUCGUCAAUUCUGUUGUCUAUGCAUGGAAUACAGCAUACUGUCUUCGAGCAAUUCCCGGGUACCUCAAUACAUCCCAAGGCAUGCGGCUUGAACCAAAGAACAAUCGAGAUCUUUCGUCAGCUUGGAGUUGAAGAAGACGUCAAGAAACAUCGCGCGCCGUUGACAUCGGUAAGCAGAACGGCGUGGUAUACCAGUCUGGGUCCAGAUGGUCGUGAAGUAUACGGCAGAGAAGCAUGGGGAGGGGGAAAGUAUGUCGAUGAGUAUAAGCGCGCCAGCCCAGCCCAGUACAGUAUGCUGGCUCAGAUACGUCUCGAACCGAUUCUACAGAAGCGGGCGUUGGAGUUGAACAGUGACGCCAUCAGAUACAAUACAAAAGUCACAAAGGUUGAAGAGAAGUCCGAUCGAGUCAUUCUGACUGUGGAGAAGAAAGACGGCAGUCAGGAACAAGUCCACGCAAGCUACGUGCUAGGGGCCGAUGGAGGUAGAGGCCUUGCAGAAAGCAUCGGUAUCGACUGGCAAGGAGAACAAGACAUCGUUGACAUGGUCACGGCACACUUCAAAGCCGAUCUCACUUCUGUUCAUCCAGAUAAGAGAGUCUUCAUCUCCUGGAUUAUGAAUCCGAAGCUGAAAGGGAGCUUGGGAGGUGGCUAUCUGUACCAUCUGGGUCCUUAUUACCCGUCCUGGCAAACAAAGGCCGAAUGGGUCUAUGCUGCCCCAAGACAUCCUGACGAUCCUGAAAAAUUCGACUCUCAAUCUAUGGUCCAGCGGAUCAAACGCAGCUUAGAACUGCCCGACCUCGACGUUGAGCUGAUGAGCCUAAGUCACUGGAUGGUGAAUUCCAGGGUCAGUGAACACUACCGGAGCGAAGGAGGCCGUAUAUUCCUCGUAGGUGACGCAUGCCACCGUGUACCGCCGUGGGGUGCUCUGGGGAUGAACACCGGCAUCCAAGACGCACACAAUCUGAUAUGGAAGUUGGCUCUCGCCGUCAAGGCGGAAACGCCUGAAAGUUACGAUGCGCUCCUCGAUACCUAUCAAGAAGAACGCCAACCGAUUGCGCAACGAGUUGCCACCAACAGUCUACAUAACAUGAGAAAUCACAGCAACAUAAUGGAUAGUGCGGUGGGGAUCACAGCCGAGACGACUACGGAGGACAACCUCAGGGCGUUGCACAAAUACUUUGACCCCACACACCCAGAGCAUCCUGCAAAAAGAGACGCUGUUAAAAAGGCUGGAGAGCUUCUGGAUCUCGAAUUUCAUGCCCCUGGAAUUGAGAUAGGCUGGUUUUACCCUACGGCAGAUAUCAGUGACGAAGGCAAAGAAAGCCGGCACGACGGGCAACUUCUCGAAAAUGGCUCGCUCAAUAUCACCAAAUACCAUCCUUCUACCGUCCCUGGUCAUAAUCUUCCGCACGCCUGGCUUCAAAGGCAGGGAGAAAUGACCUCGACAAGAGACCUGGUCAAACUUGAUCGGUUUGUUCUAUUGACGCAAACUGCCGGUAUCUGGGAUAAAGCAAAGAGUGAGCUCAUGGACAUCGAAGUCAUCGACGGAGAAACAAAUUGGACCGACCGCGAAGGUAUGUGGGCAGAGUUCUGCGGAACUGACAAGACUGGAGCAGUUCUUGUUCGACCUGAUGGUAUUGUAGCCUGGAGAGCCAAGACAUUCGACUCUCAAGCUCCGAGCGACUUGCCAGCAUUGAUUAGAAAGAUCCUGAAGCAAGAUAAGUCGGAGGCAUAA